UAUCGCUGCUUCUUGCCCAGCGACAAUACUCAAUUCUCAUAGGCGCGGGUUCGGUAUGGAUGAACAUGAUGACUUGACGAAUUCAGGCAUCGACUGGACCGAAGACUUUUGUCCUGGCUUUGCCAAAAUCCCUGCGUCUUGUUUCAAAAAAUUUCUCUUUUCGUCCCUUUCCUUGGUCCUCGGGCUUUCCAAACCUUUUUUUUUUUACCUCGUGGUCACUGGUCUAUUCCACAUCCUCACGGGCUUUUUCUCAAAGGCAUUUGUACGUAUUUUGCAAGGCAAGCGUAUUGUAUGGAGCAUGUUGUCUCAGCCCUUUGUUUUUGCCCCGUCAUCAGCAUACGUUCUCCCUGUUGUUGGUAUUCUUCAGAGUCUCGGGUUUUGACUCUUCUUUCUCGCCUCAGACACUCUACUUUGCCGUUUUUGUUCAACUGUUGCACAAAAGCCUCUUCUUUUUUCUUUUUGCCCCGCUUUCUCUUCUUAUCGAUCGGAUCCUGGUGUUUCGGAUGGGUGUGCAUAUUCGACACAUACAUUUCUUUUUCUUUCCCCUCUUGGGUGUACAUAUUUUCUUCCUAUCGAUUUACGUGCAUGCAUGUGGAUUUCUGUAAUUGUGGACAUUUACGCACAGAGAUCUCUACUGCGUCCUGGGAGGCCAACGCUGCAUUCAGAUGGUCAGUGUUCCGACUGCCCUGCAUGGCUGUCUGUUUCCGAUGGCCCGGGCAUGAUUGUGUUUUCUUCCCCGGUGCUCAUGCAUAUGUUGGCGUGUUGUAGAUCUGUGUUUCAGACUAAGCGGUGAGAGACAGUAUAUCAUUUUUCCUCAGGACUGGUUUUGCCCUGGGCUUGGGUAGAGACACGAUCUCCCACGUGAUUUUGAGACAUGGGAUAGA